GCCAUUAUUUUUGAGAGAUUUUGAAGAUAUAUUUCUCAGAUUUUGAAAAUAAUAUUUUCAAAUUAUUAUUUUCUCAUGGAAGAUAUUCCAUAUCCUUAUUAUAAUCAAAUUUAUGUUUUGGAUCAUUUUUAUCUUCGUCAUAAUAUUCCUAUGGUUAAUGAUAAUCCAAUCAAUCAAUUGGAGAAAAUUUAUAAACGAACGGAGCAAAUUUCCAUCCAGACAGAGGAUCGUACACGAAUUGAUAAUUUUAUUCAAAAUGUUCGAAAUUUAUUAGGCUCAAUUAUAUUAACUGAUCAACGAAUCAAGUUUUCCAGGAUCGAAGAGAUCGGUCCAUAUAGGAAAAAUGUGAUGAUCAAGCAAAAACCGUUUGUUGUUCAUUUUUUGGCAUUGUUUGAUGAAAAACAUCUAUUAAUUAAUCAUGUUGAAUCUAUUAGGAAAAUAAUAACGGAAAAAAUAGGUCAAAACAAUAAUACAAUUUACAGUGAUCUUAAAUUGGAUACGUUUAAUAUAUCAAAUGCUCAUUUUAUCAUCAAAAGUAAUGAAUUUGACAUAAAAGCUGUUAUAUUAAUUGGUUUAACCGACAUAGUAUUUCGUGUUUCAACAUGUAAGAUGGUCAUGAAUGCUGAUUCGUUGAUAAACUUUAAUCUAGUCAAACAACGUUUGAAUAUUCUACAGAGAACGGAUUGGUUUCUUGGAAUUGCCACAUAUGAAUUAAGGAUCUUGGUUAAAUUAUUCCAAGACAUUAAACAUCGGUUUCAAGGUUUUCAACAUUUCAAUGAAUGGAUGAUUGAAGCGCUACUGAAUUAUUGUCUAAAUUCUCAACCACAAAUCGAUAGCAAAGUUGAAUCAAUGGAUGAAAUUAAUGUCCAUCAUAAACACAGGAGAAAAUUCCGGAAAGAAUCACGACAAAAAUGUUCAAAAACAAUCAAAUUAAAUCAAGCUUUUCUUCGAGCAUUUCAUCUAUUAUCAUCCGGAAUAUUUUUGCCAGAUUCUGUAAGUAUUUGUGACCCAUUGAUGACAACUUGGAUGCCCAUACAGAAUGAUUUGGAUGAAAAACUAUUGGAUCUAAUCUGUUGUACGGCACAAACAUUAUUACGUAUAAUGAAUUAUGAAAAUGGAUUCGAUUUUGUUAUUGGACUCAUACAGGAUGAGCGUAACAUUGAAAAUGUCACCAUUUGGGAUGGUAUUAUUGUACAACCCAGCAUUUCAGUAUUCAUUGAUCAUUCAUCAAAUACAAUACAGCCAAUAGUAAACAAUGAUCAUGAUUCUUAAGAUCAAAAUUUAAUAUAUUACACAUUUUAUAUUAAAAUCUUUGUGACAUGUAAUAUUUCCAUUCAUAAUUUUAUAUCCGAUUUUUUUCGUUGCA